AUGCGGGCUACUACUGCUGCCCGAAAGGCUUUCACAAAUAUCAGAGUUAAAAUGCCUUUUACCCUCUGGGUUAAAUAUAGAGAUUAUCAACCAGUUAGUCUCGAAUUUGAGACAGGAAACGUGAAUCAGUUGAAAAAUGCGGUCAAGCGUGAGCUAACCCCCGACUUGAAUCAAGUAAAUAAUAAUAUAAUUACUCUUCGAAAGCACAAAAGUACUGUAGACUUGGGACCAGACGUAAUUGUAGACGAAAGCUUUAGUAAAACUGCCAAGACACCCCUUCAAGUUUCUGCCAGGAAGACCUUUUUUGUCCAAUCUUACGAUUAUGGGGGUUACCUGAUGUUGGGCAAAUUUGAAAAAUAUACGAUGCUUAACGAUAAGGAAUUUGAUAGCUUUUUGAAAAGAAUCAAAGCAUAUGGGUUAAAACUUAUGUCUGGUGUCAGUGAAGAGUAUGUGACGUCUGUUGAUUCUUUUUACGAAAUAAUACCCGGUGAAGUCUAUGAAUUAAUUACUGAUUAUCUGCAUCGAAUCGAGAAAGAAUUUAUCCGGUUGAAAGUCGAGGAUAAGACGUUGAAAAAUUGUUGUUUUUCCGAGUAG